AUGGAUGCUAAGGGGAUGCCUAAAACCUGGUUAUCAAAGUCAUGUCAUGGUGUUAGGGUUAUCCUUGUUGAUGUCUUUGAGUUUGAGGUUGAUGAUGGAGAGGAGUCUUAUGUUGUGAGCUUGACAAAUAAGACUUGUCAUUGUGGUAGGCGGACCCUGAUUGGAAUCCCUUGCAAGCAUGCUAUUGCUUGCAUUGUGCAUAGAAAAUUGGACUACACAGAUUUUGUCCAUGAGGCUUACCAUGUUAAGACAUAUGCCAAGACAUACGGACCUAGGUUCCUUGGAAUGCCAGGGCAUAAAAUUUGGCCUACCUCCACAAACCCUAAACCAUUACCACCUCCCUUUAGAAAAAUGUCUGGUAGGCCUAAUAAGAGGAAGAAGAGGUUGGAGGUUAAUGAAGCUAAGGGUGGGAAAAAACAAGGCUCUAUGGUGAGGAAGUAUAAGCAAGAGAGGUGUGGCAAUUGUGGCACACUAGGACAUAACAAAACGAAGUGA